ACCAUUUCCGGUUGGCCGAAACUAGGAAGAAACUUGGAGCCACGGAGGCUGUCCAGCUGUUCUCUGACCUGUGGCCAGGGCCGCUCUGAGCUGUCGGGAGCCCUGGCCAUGGGGCAGGCCGAGCCUUGGGCGCUGUGAGGCGCGGGGCCUCCCGCGGUCUCCUCUGACGGGCAGGGGGCGGGCGGGCGGGAGGGCGGGAGGCGACGUUAGCGCUGCAGCCGCGGCUCCUGGCAUCAUGAACAUCGACGUGGAGUUCCACAUCCGGCACAACUACCCAUGGAGCAAGUUGCCGGCCAACGUGAGGCAGAGUCUUGGAAACUCACAAAGAGAAUAUGAAAAGCAGGUUGUCCUGUACAGUAUCCGUAACCAGUUACGAUACAGAAAUAAUUUAGUUAAACACGUCAAGAAAGAUGAACGCAAGUACUAUGAAGAGCUGCUCAAGUACAGCCGCGACCAUCUCCUGCUCUACCCUUACCAUUUGUCGGACAUCAUGGUGAAGGGCCUCAGGAUAACCCCUUUCUCCUAUUACACUGGGAUUAUGGAGGACAUUAUGAACAGUGAGAAAAGUUACGAUUCAUUGCCCAAUUUUACUGCUGCUGACUGCCUCAGGCUUCUUGGCAUAGGAAGAAACCAGUACAUUGACCUUAUGAAUCAGUGCAGAUCGUCAAAAAAAUUUUUCAGAAGGAAAACAGCUCGUGAUCUUCUUCCGAUCAAGCCAGUGGAAAUUGCCAUUGAGGCCUGGUGGGUGGUGCAGGCUGGCUACAUCACUGAAGAUGACAUCAAGAUAUGCACUUUGCCUGAGAAAUGUGCUAUUGAUAAGAUCAUCGAUUCAGGCCCUCAACUCUCUGGAUCACUUGAUUACAAUGUAGUACAUAGCUUAUAUAACAAAGGAUUUAUUUAUCUGGAUGUGCCAAUAUCUGAUGACAGUUGUAUAGCAGUUCCUCCUCUUGAAGGUUUUGUAAUGAAUCGAGUGCAAGGUGAUUAUUUUGAAACACUACUCUAUAAGAUCUUUGUUUCGAUAGAUGAACACACUAAUGUUGCGGAGCUUGCAAAUGUCCUUGAGAUAGACCUGUCCUUGGUGAAGAAUGCUGUUUCAAUGUAUUGCCGAUUGGGCUUUGCUCAUAAGAAGGGACAAGUGAUCAAUUUGGAUCAACUUCAUUCUUCAUGGAAGAAUGUUCCAUCCGUAAACAGAUUAAAGAGCACUUUAGAUCCACAAAAGAUGCUCUUAUCCUGGGAUGGUGGGGAAAGUAGGAGUCCUGUGCAAGAAGCUUCAUCGGCUACUGACACUGACACAAAUAGUCAAGAAGAUCCAGCUGACACAGCCAGUAUAAACAGUUUGAGCCUAUCUACGGGAUAUACAAAACGUAUUGCAUUUCUCUUUGACUCAACCCUUACUGCCUUUUUAAUGAUGGGAAAUCUUUCACCAAACUUGAAAAGCCAUGCAGUCACCAUGUUUGAAGUGGGCAAACUGUCAGAUGAGUCCCUGGACAGCUUUCUUGUAGAACUGGAAAAGGUGCAGAGCACCGGGGAAGGAGAAGCCCAGAGAUACUUUGAUCAUGCCCUCACUCUGAGGAACACAAUAUUGUUUCUGCGUCAUAACAAAGAUCUAGUUGCACAAACUGCACAGCCAGACCAGCCCAAUUAUGGUUUUCCUCUGGAUCUUUUACGCUGUGAAAGCCUUCUUGGUUUAGACCCUGCAACCUGUAGCCGAGUUCUCAACAAAAAUUACACGCUGCUUGUCUCUAUGGCACCUCUCACCAAUGAAAUCCGGCCCGUGAGCAGCUGCACCCCUCAGCAUAUUGGACCAGCUAUCCCGGAAGUUAGUUCUGUUUGGUUUAAACUGUACAUUUACCACAUUACUGGACAAGGACCACCAUCUCUGUUACUAUCUAAAGGUACACGGCUUCGAAAACUACCAGAUAUAUUUCAGGGUUAUGAUAGGUUACUAAUAACAUCUUGGGGUCAUGAUCCUGGAGUAGUUCCCACGUCCAAUGUGCUCACAAUGUUGAAUGAUGCUUUAACACAUUCUGCCGUUUUAAUUCAGGGACAUGGUUUGCAUGGCGUAGGAGAAACUGUCCAUAUACCAUUUCCAUUUGAUGAAACAGAACUACAAGGAGAGUUCACUCGUGUCAAUAUGGGUGUUCAUAAAGCAUUGCAAAUCUUACGGAGCAAGGUGGACUUGCAGCACUUCUGUGGAUAUGUCACCAUGCUGAAUGCUUCUAGUCAACUUGCAAAUAGAAAACUCAGUGAUGCGUCGGAUGAAAGAGGAGAACCUGAUUUAGCUUCUGGCUCAGAUGUAAAUGGGAGUACAGAGUCAUUUGAAAUGGUCAUUGAGGAAGCAACUGCAGAUUCGGCCACAAAACAAACUUCUGGUGUUGCAACAGAGGCAGACUGGGUUCCUCUUGAGCUGUGCUUUGGAAUUCCCCUGUUCAGUUCUGAGUUAAACCGGAAGGUCUGUAGGAAAAUUGCGACACAUGGCCUUUGCAGAAAAGAGAGCCUUCAAAAUCUCUUACAUUCCAGUAGAAAACUCUCUUUACAAGUCCUUAACUUCGUCCACUCAUUCCAGGAAGGUGCUUCAGCGUUGGAUACUCAAACAGAGCCCAGUUUUUCGAGUUUGAUGUCUCAGUCAUCCUGUGCUGAUACAGGAGUUCCACUUCCUGCAAAAAACUUAGUAUUUCAGGAUGGCAUCUUAUCAGAAUGGAGUGGGCGGUCCCCUUCCUCCCUUCUGCUCGCCAGUCUCCAUUUGCAGUAAUUUGGUUUCACCAUUUGUGGCUCACCUUUCGGCCUUGUUUCCCUUUCUGGCGUUAGCUUCAGAGUGUCAGCUGGUAAAAAGCGUCGUGCAGCUGCAGUGCAGUUUCUGCUCACUUGACACGAGAAGUUGGGGAACGUGUUCCUGUUCGCUGACAUUUUGUUCAUUGUUGCACCUCUCACCACGACAAAGUGCUUUUUAGCAGCCAGCACUGUAUUUUUUACCUUGAGACAAUCUGCAUUUCUUUUAUAAAACUACAAAUAUACUUUAUAGGCUUUAUGAUGACUGUUACGUUUUUAAACAGUCACUAUGAAUAUUGCAAUGGUAAUUUUAUAUGUUAAUCAAACAUAGAUCUUGUUUAAUUUUAUAUUUUGUUACCUGCCCUUUCGGGGAUCAAAGGAAGAGAUGGAACUCUUCCUAUGCAAAGGCUUUGGGGUCCUUAUAUAUGAUAAUAAAACCAUCAAACUCAGACAUGCAGUACUGCGGGAGCGGGUGGGGGGUGUUUGUCAGUGACAGAACGGCCGACCGUUGUGCAGGGUAUGUCAAUGAGAGUAGUUACAUAGAACAUCACCUCACUUUCUAAGGUAUUAACUCAGACCGUGGCUAUUAUUGACAUCUGAUGAGACGCUUUGGAAAACAUGGUAUUUUUAAACAAUGUUUGUAUGUGGACUUCUGUUGUCACUCACUUUGGGCUUUAUAUUUUCAUAGAGUCUAUAAGGAAGAAUGGAAUUCAUUUUCCACUCUUGGUUCUAUAGCUGUCGUGUGUCUUCACCCUCAUUUGUUUGUAGCCUCACCAGGGAACUGUUACAGCAGUUGAAUCUGAUGUUUAGGUUAGAAUUACAAAUGAGAAGCAGUAAGGCCGUGUCUUCGGAUCAGAAUCUGAUCUGAAGUAUGAAACCUGGCUUGAAGACUUAUUCUUAAGCAGUCUGGAUCUUAAAUCUAUUUGAAAGGAAAUGAUAAAAAUUGAAUUAUUUCAAAGCAUUUCUUAAGUCAUUGAUUUUUUUAAUAUCUUAAAUGUUAAUUAGAACAAUUGCAGUCACUUUUUAGACUUUUCAAGUUACCUUCCUUGGGAAGUUUGUGCAAUGCUAUAAUUCAGUUUAGCUCCUCUUGUAGGGUAAUGGUUUGCUAGUUUUAAAAGUUUAACUGAUCAAACAACAUGUAUUUAAAAUGUGUAAGGCACUAAACAAUUUGAGAAUGUUAUUAUCUAGCCGUUUUUGCUGAGAAUUUUUGGUAUUUACAGAAAUGGUAUUUGUGUAUUUAACAUGCUUCUGGAAAUACAUGCCUUUCUUAAAACCAUUAGCAUAACCAUGCAUUCGAUGGCCUGUCUGCAGAAUUGAGUAUUUUGGACCAGGCUACCUGUGGCACAGCUCGUGCUGUGUUUGGGCUUGAAGACAGUGAGCUUUGUUUUUCUACUUUAUUCCAUAGAAGGUAGAAACUAUGUGUAUGUUGUUUGUCUAUAAAAAGAUAAAUGCAUAUUAAUAUUAAAAUAAUUUCUUACGACUGUGAA